UCACUCGCUAAUAAUCGCAAUAAAUUGGAAAUUGGAAUCGAUAUCAUCGUCACUUCAAACAUUUACCUCUCUCGUUAUUCUCGAAAAGCUUUCCCAACCAAAAAGCAGAGAAAGAAAAGCAUCCAACAACGGAGAGAAUAAUGAGGCCAUCCAUCUUCAGAUCCAUCCACUCCGCCGUCUCCCGCAGCCGCUCUCAGCUACUCCGCCGUGGCUAUGCUACCGAACCGGUCCCAGAACGCAAGGUGGCCAUCCUUGGCGCUGCCGGCGGGAUCGGUCAGCCCCUCUCUCUUCUGAUGAAGCUCAACCCUCUCGUUUCCACCCUAUCUCUUUACGAUAUCGCUGGAACUCCCGGUGUUGCCGCUGAUGUUAGCCACAUCAACUCCAGAUCUGAGGUUUCUGGGUAUGCUGGUGAGGAAGAGCUCGGUAAAGCUUUGGAGGGUGCUGAUGUUGUUAUUAUUCCUGCUGGUGUGCCGAGAAAGCCUGGAAUGACUCGUGAUGAUCUUUUCAACAUUAAUGCUGGCAUUGUCAAGUCACUUGCCACUGCUAUUGCUAAGUACUGUCCCCAUGCCCUUGUUAACAUGAUAAGCAACCCUGUGAACUCCACAGUUCCCAUUGCUGCAGAGGUUUUCAAGAAGGCAGGGACAUAUGACGAAAAGAGAUUGUUUGGAGUUACAACCCUUGAUGUGGUUAGGGCAAAAACUUUCUAUGCUGGGAAAGCUAGAGUUCCAGUUGCCGAUGUCAAUGUACCUGUUAUAGGAGGCCAUGCAGGAGUUACUAUUCUCCCACUAUUUUCUCAGGCAACACCUUCCGCCAAUCUGGAUGCUGAUGUCAUUGAGGCUCUAACAAAGAGGACACAAGAUGGAGGAACAGAAGUCGUGACUGCCAAGGCUGGAAAGGGUUCUGCAACUUUGUCAAUGGCGUAUGCUGGAGCCAUAUUUGCUGAUGCUUGCCUCAAAGGUCUUAACGGAGUUCCAGAUGUUGUUGAGUGCUCAUAUGUGCAAUCCAAUAUCAUCAGUGAACUUCCUUUCUUUGCUUCCAAGGUGAGGAUUGGAAAGAAUGGUGUUGAGGAAAUUCUGGGCUUAGGCUCACUCUCAGAUUUCGAGCAAGAAGGUCUCGAAAAGCUCAAGUCUGAACUCAAAUCAUCUAUUGAAAAGGGAAUCAAAUUUGCCUCCCAGUAAUCAAACAUGUCAUACAUUUCCAGCAGGUUGCUGGUUUUUUCCUCCCAUUUAAAACCAAUCAAAUUUUGCAAAUUCUGAACCAUUGUUUGUAAUGCUGCCUGCAUAGGUGGUGGCUUUGUUGUUUUAAUUAUAGAGCAGGUAUACUUUUAGAUAAAUAAUUAAAUCUGUGAGAGCGGUUUAUAGCUCAGCAUGAAUUGAAGUUAAAACCAGUUUUAGAUUUUGGCGUUUCCAUUCAUAAUGGCCCUUCUUCACCAAUGUAUGGCCUUUCCAUUCAUUAUGUGCAAUUGAAGAGUGAUGCACCCUUUUUCUCUCA